GUGUCUGGACACCCUGGUUUUCUUGACUUGUCGUGUCCACCGGAAACGCGGGCAGAUGGGGGAAUUGUAUCACAGGCAGGCAGCUGGAUGGGGAAACAGGAGCAGGUCCGUCAGGCCGGGGGAGGGGGGUUUAACGUAGGGAAUAUGAUACACCCACAGGUCAGCAGGACGUGGGAUGGAUGAUUGAUGCUCCAAGUCCGCCGAAGCAUGUGCUGAGCUCGUAGCACCAGUCACACCAACAGCAAAGUCAUAAACCGUGGGUGCAGGGUGAACGAAAGUGCUUCCCGACCUGCCAUGUCUCUUUUGUUCAUGAUGCCAGCCAUGUCAGACAGCCCACGCUACCCUACGAAGGUGGCGCCAGACGUGGGAGGUUCCAGAUAUGCCCAGCUUUCUGCCCACUUGCCCACCUCCCAACACGAAUGA